AUGACGCAGCAUUCCUCCGGAUCAUGGAAUCAGACCACGUUGAGUCUCUGGCAGAAGAACCCAGUCAUAAACCCUGGGCACUGGGGAUUCUCUUUCCAACUUAUUCGCUCUUUUGCUUUGCUAAUUUCCAAUCUUUUUUGUCCCCCGGGGGAGACGUCGAACCCCAGAGCUUCCAACACCAACAUGGUCCGUCAUUCAUUUUUGCAGCUCGUGGUCCUUGUCACAUCCCUUGCCCUGCAGGCUCACUGCGGUCCCCUUGCGCUUCAGACCCGAGGCGCGUGUGCCACUGAAGACCCCGACGAGAACUUCCUCAGUGAAAUCGGUCGACAGAAAUCUGCUGCAGCCGCGUCGGCCAAUACCCAAGCCCGAAAGGCCCCCAUCGAGAUUGAGACAUGGUUUCACAUUGUGAGCAGCGAGUCGGAGUCCUCACAGGUGACAGAUGAUAUGGCCGAUGCCCAACUGUCCAUCCUUCAACAAUCAUACCAGGAUUCUGAUAUUUCCUUCCGCCUCGAGGGAGUCACCCGCCAUGUCAAUGACGAGUGGGCGCGGAAUGGGGAUGAUGUGGCCAUGAAGACCGCUCUCCGUAAAGGAACCUAUCGCACUCUGAAUGUUUACUUCCAAACCAAUCUGCAGGCAGCUCCCGGGCAAUCGGGACGUGCUCUUGGGACCAGGGGUGACUUGGCUUCGAGUGUUCUUGGAUUCUGCACCCUGCCCGACCCUGCUAUUAAUGCCAGCAGCCCGGCAUCCCAAUAUGUCAAGGAUGGCUGCAACAUUCUAGCCAAAACCAUGCCCGGUGGCUCACUGGAUCUGUAUAAUAGGGGUGGCACCGCCAUUCACGAGAUUGGCCAUUGGAAUGGCCUGUUGCACACCUUCCAGGGCGAAUCUUGCUCUGCCGACAACCCUGGCGACUACAUCAGUGACACCCCACAGCAAUCGACACCUACCGAUGGCUGUCCAGCCCAUAAGGACUCCUGCCCGGACAGUCCCGGAGCGGAUGCAGUACACGACUUCAUGGAUUACUCGUCUGAUGUCUGUUAUGAAAGUUUCACGCCCGGACAGGGCGAACGCAUGCGGAGCAUGUGGUCAUCUAUGCGCGAAGGGAAAUAG